AUGUCCACCGGCCAAUCGCAACUAUUCGCACUAGCUAGAGCGCUCGUUCAACUCAAAUCCAUCAACCAAACGUCCGAACUAUCAGCAAACGGAGCCGAAGGUCGACACAUUAUGCCGAUUCUUCUAUUGGAUGAAGCCACAUCGUCGCUCGACACCGAGACCGAAUCUGCCAUACGCGAUAUCAUACACCAGGAGUUCACAGACAAGGGCCACACCGUCAUUGCCAUCACGCAUAGGCUGGGCGGCGUAACGAAAGGCAUGCGGCCGGGACGGGAUGCCGUGGUCUUGUUGUCCAAGGGCAAAAUUGAGAAGAUUGGCGAGGCGGAGGAUGUGUUGGACUCGGCGGCUUUGCGGGAGUAG